AUGGCGGCGGCCGUGAAAAAGAAGGCCGUCGCCUCAAUCCGGCUGCUUAUCAACGCCGGCGCAGCAAAACCGGCGCCGCCGGUGGGCCCCGCGCUCGGCCAGGCAGGCCUCAACAUCAUGGCGUUCUGCAAGGACUUCAAUGCGAAGACGGCAGAGUUCCAGAGCGACGUCCCCCUGCGCGUCCUGAUCAGCGUGUACGCCGACAAGUCGUAUGACUGGCAGCUCAAGAUGCCCCCAGCGAGCUUCUUCAUCAAGCGGGCCGCCGGCCUCGCGCGCGGCGCGUCGCAGCCGGGGCACGAGUCCGUUGCAAACAUAAGCCUGAAGCACCUCUACGAGAUCGCCAAGGUGAAGCAGCAGGACAUGCCGGGCGUGCCCAUGAAGGGCGUCGUGCGGUCGCUCAUGUACCAGUGCCGCAGCAUGGGGGUGGGGGUGGUGGCGCGGCCAGAGGACGCGUGA